GGCCCGGCGGGGGCUGCUGCCGGGCCGUGCCGAGCCGUGCCUUGCCGUGCUACGCCGUGCCGAGCCCCAUGAGCAGGGCCAGGGGCGCUGACCCGCGGGGGCUCCUCGUCGUGGGGAAGGGACUGUUCAGAGGUUCCACAAAUCAGUGUCUUUCAGGAAAGAGUGGAGAAUCUCUUCCAGCAGUUUUCGAGAGAAAUGUGCAGGAAGCCAUCAAUAACUACACUUGUGAAACGCUUUCAUCGCUUUCAUCCAGUGGUCAUACAACACCCACAGACUUGAAUAAUUCUUGGUCUGGAAUAAAAAGCUGUACUACUGGGUUAUCUACUGAAAGAAGUUCUGUUUACUCCUGGAGGGAUGAUGAAUUUGAUAAAGCCAACACACAGAGAGUGCAACAGCUAUUUUGGGAUAUUGAUGAAAUGCUGUUUGAAGGAAAAGUGACCUCCCAAACUCAGAGCCUGCAGGCAGAAUGUGCAGACUGGGUUGAGCAGUCUCUUCAUUUAAGGGUUAUAGGAAAGCAGCUCCUGUCGCCAAAGGACGAAGGCUUUCAGCAUUUUGAGAGCCCAAGUGAUAGCUCUGUGAACGCUAAGUGUUUACCUGGCCUCCGUGAAUGUACUAUUAAUAUAAAAGAGCUCUGCAUUUCAGGCUCUAAACUGAUUCUAACAGCACCUCCAGUACACAAAUCACUAGAUUUAGUUUCCACUAUGAUUUCUGCCUCUGACUCAUCCAUGUAUUCAUUCCUGGAAGAAGAAAUCUAUGAUGUGGAUGGAAAAAUAGAAGAAUACCUUGCCUUUGACAACAGGGAGCUUGAUGAGAGUUUGGAACAAAAGAAUACACAUCUUGCUGAGAAGAGGAGUAAGCAUGGAAUUCCCCCUGUUUCUCCCAAUGCCUGUAUCAAAGAUGUUGUGGCUUCUGAAGUGUUUGAUCAUAUCUGGAGCAAUGUUAUUGGAAUACUGGAGGAACUGAUUAAAAAAAAUUGGGAAACCAAUAUCACAGGGAAGGACAAACAGGUGGAGAAACUGAAAGCUGUUACAUGUAAACUGCCACUUUUGCCUGUUGGUCGAGUUACAGCAGAUGCUGGCAGUGUCCCCCUUUCCAGAGGCUCUGAAGCACGAAGUGUAUCCUUUGGAUCUCAUUCUGUUUCAUCACUGCAGGUUCACCGUUUCUCCAGCAAUUUCUGUAGUGAUUUGAAUGGUGUGAUGACAAUUCAAGCAAAACCACUCCAACAGAGGCACAUUGCCACAGCAGAAAAAAUACAGAAUGAGCAAGACAAACCACACAAGAAUGGCUCCAGUGCUCCAAAUUCAGUGCGCACUAGACUGGGGAGAAUUGCUGAUAACUGUGUUCUCUCAUCAUCUCGGGUACUGCUGGCAUCUUCUAGGAAGCUACCAAGCCAUCGUAGGUUACCUUCUCUCACUUCUGACCAACUCUCCUCAAAAGCUCCUAAUAUGUACAAUGAUGAAAUCCUUAGGGGGACUAAAUUGGUUGCUGGCUUGGAUCAUUUAUCUUCUGGUGGUGCACAUAUGGCCCGAAACAAGUUACCACCAAUAAACUCAGAGGCUGUUGAACAGUAUCUUUCAGUCCCUCGAUUACAACAGAGCUAUCAUCGAGGACGAUAUGCUUAUAGCAGAGUGUCAAGCGCAGUGCCUGGCAGUACAGAACAGCGGCCGCUCAGAGAACGAACUGUUGUUAUUGAUCAAUUUUCAAGGCCCAACACAACUCAUACAUUCAGGGUAUGUUACAGUACAGACACACCUCAGAAAAGAUCACUGACUCCCAUGGAUUUUGCUAACCAUAGAGGGACAGGUAACGAUUUUUAAUAGGCUCACAGCAGUACUACAAAUCCUUUCAGAGAAAUCCUCCAACCUCACGCAAGAGAUUUCAGAUUGCUUCUUAACGUAGCUUAGAAAGAAACAGAAGCCUUCUGCACUGAAUGGAAGAUUAAAGUGCUUAAUUUGCCGACUAGUAUCUUGUGUGGCAAAAAAUGUGCAGUUUCUGUGGAGCCUUGUGAUCCUCCAGAAUGCCUGUAUUGACUUGUUCUAAAGUUGUCUGACCAGAGGUUAGAUUAAAAAUUAGAGCAAAAUGAAAUAAAUGGUUGAGAUCCCA